AUGCUAGACCUUUUGCUCUCAAUCCCUCUGUGGGUGCCUCUCUUGUUCGUGAUCGUGGCUGGAGUCACGCUGUUCUAUCGCCACCUUCCUGAGAGGAGCGUGUUGUGGUACAAGAAUGAGAAUAUGUACAUCGACGCGCGCACGAAUGAUAAGAAGUCCUUCCCCCCUCCCUCGGCUGAGCCUGCCGUGUACCUCUCGCUCGUUGUGCCCGCCUACAACGAAGAGAAGCGCAUGCCAACGAUGUUGGACGAGACGCUGGCUUACCUGCAACAGAGGAGCGCCGAGGACCCUCAGUUCACCUACGAAAUCAUCGUCGUCGACGAUGGAUCGCGCGAUAAGACCACUGACGUGGCGCUCAACUACGCCAAGCAGCACAAGCUCGACACCGUCCGCGUGCUGAAGCUCGCCAAGAACCGAGGCAAGGGAGGCGCCGUCCGCAGGGGUAUGCUGGUCGCUAGAGGAAGGUAUGCGCUGAUGGUUGACGCCGAUGGCGCCACCAAGUUUUCCGACCUCGAGAGGCUCGAGAAGCGUCUCCUGCAGGCUGAAAAGAACGGACUCGGCGUGGCUGUGGGCUCGAGGCACCAUUUGCAGGAGAAGAGUGAGGCUGUUGCCCAGAGGACCUUCUUGAGGAAGACUCUCGGCGCAACCUUCCACAUGCUGGUUACCUUCUGCGUGGCCAACGUGCACGACACUCAGUGCGGCUUCAAGCUGUUCACCCGCAGGAGUGCUCAGCUCCUCUUCUCCAACCUUCACAUUGAGAGGUGGGCGUUUGACGUCGAGCUGCUGUACCUUGCCCAGCAGCUGAACAUGCCGAUCGAGGAGGUGCCCGUCAACUGGCAGGAGAUCGCCGGUUCAACGCUGAACCCCGUCACCGCCUCCAUCCAGAUGGCCAAGGACAUCUUCUACAUCAGGGCCCUCUACAUCCUCGGCUACUGGAAGAUCGACAAGUGA